CAGCAGCAGCAGGCGGGACCGCAGCCGUACAGAUGUAAGUUUCAUGAAACUUCACACAUUGUCCUAAACAAUGUGCGGUUGUAUCUCUUUGUCAUGUCAUGGUGUCAUAUUUGCCCAAGUAAUCAUUUUAUGAGCAAGUGGCGACAUCAUGGAGGUAAAGCUCACUUAUUCCAUCAUUAAACUGCACAGCUGCAGUACUACAGCCAGGCCCGCAGAUGAGGGGCUUCAGUUACCACUGUCUGCACGGGCGCAGUACCUACUCUCUGCCUGCGGGGGUCGUCUUUCCCCACCGCUCGUCUAGUGUGUCCGAAUUGGGCCAACGUUUUUAGUAUGUAGGAGUAGGAUCUAGCAGUAGCACGUAGCAGUAGCAUGUAGGAUCCGAGCGGGCAGUUCGGACGCAGCAGAGCUCAUGCUCUCAGUUUGUGCAGCGGGUAAAAAUGUCCCCGGAAAAGAGGUCCAACUAUGCUUUAUUUUUAAAGUCGUCGGUUUAGAAUUGAUUUUUAUAGGAGGGGGAGGUUAAAUGUUAUAUAUUCGGAGAGUUUGGUUCCACAAAGUUAGCAGGGAUUUUGAUUGUUGAAUGUGGCCAAGAAGGAACUAUAAUUUACACAAGUACGGAAUUAUUUAUAUGCUGCACACAGGACGGCUUUGUAGUAGUUGGGACAAAAUGUCAGAACAGGUGAUUACUUAGUGCUUUCUGCUCGAACCUGCACUGGAUUUAUGUGGCUUAUUUGUCAAGAUUUGUCCCGUUGAAAACUAAUUACACGCUUCUCUUCAUUUGCCUCCUUUUUUUUCGAGUUUAAAAUCCAAAUAACCAUCAAUGUAACAGUCCAGGGUUUUAGUAAAGGCUAGAUUAACUGUCAUGAUCAUGUUCCCCUCCAAAGUUAAAGCUCUUAGAGGCCUGCUACAGUUUAGAAACACUCUUGGGUGCUCGUAUUCGUUGAGAAAAGCCCGUCUUUCCAGACUAGUGCUGGGCAUUGAGACGAGCUGUGAUGACACUGGAGCUGCUGUGGUGGACGAGAGUGGACAGAUACUGGGAGAGUCUCUGCAUUCACAGACAGAGGUGCAUCUCAGGUGGGUGUCUGAGCUGCAUUUAGUGAUUAGAGCUGUUGCAUUUUUUAUUUUAAAUGCUUAAAAGAACCACUUAAAUUAGCUUGUUAGCAUCAAGACUUUUUAGCUUUGUCAGGAACCUCUAUUUCAACAAAAUAAAAAAUGAAAUUGACAAAAUUAUAAAAUGCUUUUAUUAAAAUUAUGGCACUUGUCGUGUCAGGGUCGCUGUUGACCCGGUUAGAUGACCUGGUUAUUGUAUUGUCUGGGUUUAUUAUGACAAAUUAAAUUGGCCUUCAAUUCGCUUUUGUUCUUUAUUUGUUUUAUUUGUCAUGUGCUGAUGCUUUGCAACUGUUUGUCAAAGCACUUUGUAAACUUCUGUUUUUAAAAGUGCUAUAAAAAUAAAGUUAUUAUUAUUAGUAGUAGUAGUAGUAUUCCUACCCAUACUCCUAACUAUCUUACUGUUUAUGUUCUUCAACACACCAUCUGUUUAAUUGCAUUUUCUCUUUUUCACACCUCUGGUUAGAUACUGAACUGCAUUUCAUUGUUCCUGUACUUGCACUGUGAUCAAUGACAAUAAAGUUGAAUCUAAUCUAAUCUAAUUAUUAGUAUUAUUAGAUCCAUAUCCAAUAAUCAGAGCAAAAACUGAAGUCAUAAGUGCACUGUCAGGCAGCCUAACAAGGUAACCUAGAGAUGAGAACCAAAUUUGAUGAUAGAGAAUUGUUUUUAGUGUAAUUUACAGCUGAUUUUAGUCACGGGUCAAAACCGACCCUUAAUAUGGUGGAUGCGUAGUAAAAGCUAACACAGGAGGAAGAUUAAGCCUUUUCUUUGAUAUGCUCUUUGCUCUCUUGCAUGCUGCAGGACAGGAGGUGUCAUCCCCCCAGUGGCACAACAGCUCCACAGAGAAAACAUCAAGCGUGUUGUCCAGGAGGCUUUAGACAUGAGCAAUGUGCACCCGAGUCAGCUCUCAGCUGUAGCCACCACUGUGAAGCCAGGCUUGUCCCUGAGCUUAGGGAUCGGCGUGGAGUUUAGUCAGAGGUUUGUGAGGCAGCACAACAAGCCAUUCAUCCCCAUCCACCACAUGGAAGCUCACGCCCUCACUGUGAGGAUGCUCCACCCUGUCGCCUUUCCUUUCCUGGUCCUGCUGGUGUCUGGUGGACACUCGCUCCUGGCUUUGGCUCGAGGAGUAGAUGACUUUCUGCUUCUUGGUCAAAGUUUGGAUGUAGCUCCAGGAGAUGCGCUGGAUAAAGUAGGACUUUAACGUUGAAAUGAAGUUGUUGUUAUCGGUUAUUAUGUACUCAUUGUGACAGUACACUCAAAAGAACUUGUGCUUUUUUUCAUUCUCAGGUGGCGAGACGUUUGUCCCUCAAAAAUCACCCGCUAUGCUCCAAACUAAGUGGAGGACAAGCUAUAGAGCUGUUGGCAAAGGAUGGUGACAGGACAAGGUUCCCUUUAACCACACCUAUGGGGAAAACAAAAGACUGCAGCUUUUCUUUCUCUGGGAUACGCAACCAGGUCACAAUGAUGAUACAGAAAGAAGAGGCAGAGGAAGGUAUGAGAAAAGACAAAAUGAUUAAAAUAAUCAAUGCACCAGUGAUCAUAACUUAAACAUUAUUGCUGUCAGGUCAUUGAAUUGUAUUUUACCUGGUUGAUUUUGUAACCGGUGCAGGUUGACAUGUUCUUUGCUGAACCUCUUGUCUUGAUAAGCCACAUAGGUUAUCUCUUUUUCCCUUCCCCUGUAGGUGUAGAAGAGGGGACGCUCUUAUCAUGCGUGAAUGACAUCGCAGCAACCACACAGCACACGGUGGCCGCUCAUCUGGCGAAGCGAACACAUCGUGCAAUCUUAUUCUGUAAAGCAAACAACCUGCUGCCAUCAAGCAACCCCACCUUGGUGAGUGCUGUUUUUCACUUUCCUUGAUUUUUUUUUUUCAUCCUGGUGUUAAACAUGCAAAAAACUCACAUGGGCUGAAGUGCACACAUACGCACAAACCGGCUCCUAUAGACAUACAUGAACAGGGGAGGUAUUAGAGUAGCUUACACAUGAACAGAAAUAAACAGACAUUUCUCUUUAUGACACACAGAAUCAAACAACAUCAUCAGAAAAAGAUGAAAUUUUCUGUUUUAUAAUUUGUAAAACAUGUGUACCUUAGACCCUUAAAUCAGUAAAAACUGUGAGGAUUUAAUCAUGUAUUUCUCUGAGACAGGUGGUGUCUGGUGGAGUUGCCAGCAAUCAGUACAUCCGCAAAGUUUUGAACAUUAUUGCUGAGAAGGAAGGAGUGAGCAUGCUCUGUCCUCCUGCCAAAUUCUGCACUGACAACGGAGUGAUGAUUGCAUGGUGAGUAUACCGACUGUCAGUCAGGCUUUGUAACCAAAUCUGAUCCGCUAUCCCUGAUGUAGAGCUUGAAUAACAGACUUUUUUCUAAACAAACAGGAACGGUGUUGAACGACUAAGAGAAGGGAAAGGGAUUCUGCCUCCGAGCGUGGAUGUCCCCUAUGAACCGAAGUGAGACACAAAGACCAAAGUUUAGAAACAACCAAGCUCCUUUUUUUGUUUUACUUCUGAUUAAAUCAACAUUUCCUGACAUAAAUGAUGUUUUUCAGGGCCCCACUGGGUGUUGACAUGUCAGAGGAGGUGAGAGCAGCGUGCAUCAAGCUCCCUCGAGUCAAGAUAGAGGUCCCCAGGUGACACACUUGCCACCUCUAGAUUUCAAUAUUGUGUAUAUACCAAAGUGCAAAAUAAACAGCUAUUUUAACAUACA